AUGGACCCCACCACCCCCCAGAACCCCUUCCACAUGCGCCUCCUCUACACCCUCGCCCUCCUUGUCCAGCUCAGCGACGUCUACAACUUCAUGACGCUCUCGCGGCUCUUCUGGCCGCGGCGGUCCGAUCUCACCGGUCCCACGAGCACGUUCUUCCUGCGCACGUACUGCACACUGCUGCUGCCGUACAUCCUGCUGUGCUUCUGGCUGCGGCACUACCACAUCCGCGAGACGGACGUGGGGCAGGCGCUCGGCGCGUCGUUUGCCCUGUUCCAUGCGCUCGCGCCGGCGUGGUAUGUGUGGAGCUGGUGGAGCGGCGGGUAUGUGCAGAGGCCGCUGGGGUGA